CUCAUCAUAAUCUUAUCCCGACCGUUAUUUUAUUGUAUCAACGUUAUCCGUUUGUGCCAUUUAACAGAGCGAAGAACAGAAAGUGUGAGUGAGAGAGAUAAAGUAGAGAGAUGAGUGCUGCUGUCGCUUCUCUGAUCCCCGUUUCGUGGCUACCCUCUCUUGCUUCUCCUUUCAAGGGAAAUGUGAAAACCUUGGUGGCAAGAACAUGUCUAUGUCCAUGUCUAAAGAUUCAGAGAACAGCAAGAACCCGUGUUUGUGUUGUUAAUCAAGUUACUUCUGCUGUUUCCGUGAAAGCAGACGGUGAGAAUGUUCGGUUUCGUUUGGAUAAUUUGGGGCCUCAAAAGGGUUCAAGAAAGAAGCCGAAGAGAAAGGGAAGAGGUAUAGCUGCAGGGCAAGGAGCAAGUUGUGGUUUUGGGAUGAGAGGUCAAAAAUCUCGAUCUGGACCUGGCAUCAUGAGGGGUUUUGAAGGUGGUCAGAUGCCACUUUAUCGACGACUCCCCAAACUUAGAGGAAUUGCAGGAGGUAUGCAUGCGGGAUUGCCGAAAUAUGUCAAUGUAAAUCUGAUGGACAUUGAGAAUGCUGGAUUUCAAGAAGGGGAAGAGGUGUCUCUUGAGACACUGAAGGAGAAACGUGUGAUUAACCCAUCAGGAAGAGAACGAAGACUACCUUUGAAGAUUUUGGGUGAUGGUGAACUAAGCAAGAAGUUGACAAUUAAAGCCCGUGCCUUUUCCACAUCAGCAAAGGAGAAACUUGAGUCUGCUGGCUGUUCUAUCACUGUGCUUCCCGGCCGUAAGAAAUGGGUUAAGCCAUCAGUUGCGAAAAACCUUGCACGCGCGGAAGAAUACUUUGCCAAGAAGCGAGAUGCAACUUCUUCUGAACCGGCCUCUGGUUGAAUAUGAAACACUAGUGUAUCAUCAUCAUAAACAGCUAUGUGAUUUCUUCUUUAGGAAUGCUUCAUUUAGUUAUUAUAUUAAUUUGAUGCAUUAAUUCCUUUUUUGUAUUGAAGUUUUCUCUCUUUCGGAGCAGAAUUUUAAUGUUGUAUAUCAUAUUACAGUUUGUUCAACCAUCCAAAUAUUUUUUGAAAUAAAAAGCUUUAAUAGAGUAAAUUUUA